AUGGCGGGCGUCUCGGGGUUAGAUGCGCAGACAGGCAGUUCGGCAGGCUCCAGGUCCUAUAUCCAGGGUCUGAUAUUCCAGGUCCAUCGGGCACUUCUGUAUGUCUCAAUCCACAAGAACAAGCGACCUUCCAAGCGCCUUCAGGGGGCCUCAGCCCAACAGCUGGAGAUAGGAAGACAAGAAGAAGAAAAGAAAGAAGAGAAGAAGAAACGACGAGGAGAAGACGACGAGAAGAAAGACGAAGAACGAGAAGAUAGAAGGAAGUGGGAUAAGCCUGUCGAGCUAGCUGCGGUCGAGUCAACGCCGCACCAGGAUACACUCUUCAUUCCUGCGCUGAUAUCUCUGGUCAUCUAUCUGGCACUCUCUUUCGUUAUUGUUCCAUUUGUCCGACAACACCGGCAGCGGUAUUCACAGUAUCUCCCACUACACACAAUAUCAGCCCACACCACGUCCCUGAGGGAGCGAGCAUUCGAUGCUAUCAUGAACCUCACCCUUCCCUCAUCAUGGAGACACAGGUCGCUAGCUCAUGAGCAGGACGAAGACAGCUUGUUUGACGAUGAUGGGGAAGACGGCUAUGAGCUCAACGAGUCUAGGAGAGAGGCACUCGAGCAGGAGAGGAGAGAGGCAAGACUCACCCGGGAGCUGGAGGAUGGCUUCAUACCUGAUAGCGAUGAGGAAGACACACCAGGCACUAGGAGGAUAUGA